GUCCGCCUACCAUCCCCACACCCUCCGUUCUGAAAAACUUUGUACUCUAGAAGGGUUCGGGUAGAACUUCUCGCCUUCGUCCCGCGACGAUUUAUGUGACAUUCAGCAAAAAAAACAAAAAAAAAACGUGUUGAGUUUAAAGAAGACGUAAAAAAAUGCAUAAGGUAGCUUGGAGUCGCUCCGCGCCCUUGAGAGGCCUGAUUAAAUACCACACCGCAGGAGGGCCGUUGUGUCAGAAAUCAGCCUUGAAAAGCACUUCUGCAGACCUAUUGGAGAUGCCUCCAUGCAACUUCACACCACAAGAAUACAAGAUGAUAUGCGAUGGUCAAAUCACUCUGGGUCUUCAGGGGAUGUCCAAAGAGCGUAUGAUGGAGAUCCGUCAGACCAUCUGCCAUCCUAUGACCAUGAAGGUGACCUACUAUAAGAAGCCGGUGUGCAUCCAUCAGGGUCACAUGCAGUGGCUGUGGGAUGUGGAUGGAAGACGCUACCUGGAUCUCUUUGCCGGCGUGGCCACAGUCAGCGUGGGCCACUGCCACCCAAAAGUGACGGCGGCGGCGGAGCAGCAGCUGAGGAAGCUUGUACACACCACCAACAUCUACGUUUAUCCUACUAUCCACGAGUACUGUGAAAAACUAGCGUCCAACUUGCCUGAUCCUCUCAAGGUGAUCUACCUGACCAAUAGCGGCUCAGAGGCUAACGACCUUGCCAUGUGUAUGGCCCGACUGUACACUGGCAAUUUUGACAUCAUCACUUUCAGAGGAUCGUAUCACGGAGGUAGCCCGCAGAGCAUGGGUCUGACUGCACAACAAGCUUACAAGUACCCCGUUGCCAUCGGCUUAGGCUGCACAAACACCAUGUGUCCUGAUGUGUUCAGAGGUCUCUGGGGGGGAAGCCACUGCAGGGACUCUCCUGUGCAGACCACCAGAGAAUGUAAUUGUGCUCAAGGCCAGUGUGUAGCAAACGAGCACUACAUUGAACAACUCAAAGAGACGUUUGUUACCAGCGUCCCUGAUCGAAUUGCUGCUUUCUUUGCUGAGCCUAUUCAGGGAGUUGGUGGUGCUGUGCAGUACCCGAAAAACUUUCUGAAGGAGGCGUACAAACUCGUGAGAGAGAGAGGCGGCGUCUGCAUCGCUGAUGAGGUGCAAACAGGAUUUGGUCGAACAGGGAGCCAUUUUUGGGGAUUCCAAGGUCACGACAUCCUUCCUGAUAUCGUGACCAUGGCCAAGGGCAUCGGGAACGGCUUCCCGAUGGGAGCAGUGGUUACAACACGGGAGAUUGCAGACAAGUUCGCACAGGGCGUUCACUUCAACACCUUUGGAGGAAACCCACUGGCUUGUGCCAUCGCGUCAUCUGUCAUUGAUACUAUCCACGAAGAAGGAACACAGCAGAACAGUCUAAAGGUCGGAACCUACAUGAUGUUGGAACUCGCCAAGCUCAGAGACAAGUAUGACAUCAUCGGGGACGUCCGUGGCAAAGGCCUGCAGAUUGGUGUGGAAAUGGUUCGAGACAAGGCUAGCAGAGAACCCCUGCCGGCCCAGGAAAUGGCCAACAUCUUUGAGGACAUCAAAAACAUGGGCAUUCUCAUCGGGAAAGGAGGACUUUAUGGACAGAUUUUCCGCAUCAAACCGCCCAUGUGCAUCACGAUGGCGGACGCAGAUUUCUUCCUGUCUGUUUUCAACAAGUCCAUCCAGAAUUCUGUGGCGAGAAGAUGAGCCCGGCCAAAAAAAACAAAAAAAACGCGCCAUCGACAGUGUACAUCAUUUUUAAACCUGUUCCGUUGCAUAACGAUGACUUUACAAAAACUAUCUAGUGAUGAAGGCAUAAACACAUUAGUGAUUAUAAAAGCUGACGUCUACCUCACGUGAUUUAAUACUAAUUUGUUACUGCUUUGUUGCAAAGUGUAAAUGCAAUAAAAAGAAGACAUUACAUAAUUGUUA